CACUUCCUGCAUUUUGUUGGUUAAUUGAAGAUGAGAGUCUCAUGGACUUUUCUGCUCUGGCUGGCUUUGAACUGUGAUUCUCAGGUCCUAGCCUCCUGAAUAGCUAGGAUUACAGGUGUGAAACACUGGUGUGGGACAGAUGGUAUCUUUAAUACAAAUGCCUUUUUUUCCCCUCAGUUUCAACUUUUAAAUGACACAUUUUGGCUUCACGUAUAUUGAAAAUGAAAUACUGUAAAAUAUAAUUCCAGUGCUUUUAUUUUCCUUUUACAAUUUCUUCCCUUCCUAUUCUGAGUCAGGAUGCUACCUGUACAACAUGGAUAUAAUCAAUGCUUCUUUCUUGAUUAUCAUUAAUCUGAUUUUCAUCAUUUACUUUGUUGCAUUAGAAAAAUAGAAUCCCCUGACUUAUAUUUCUGAGUAGUUCAAACUUAAAUUUCUAUUUCUUCUUCUCUGAGUCAGAGUAGUAAAAUCACAACUAUCAAAAAGGCAAAUUGGAGAUCUGUUUCCUGUAAAUGAAAUGUAAAGGUGUUGCGCUUGCAGUUACUUCUCUUCCCACUUCUGGGUUUUAAACAGUUAUAGUGAACCUCAGGUAGCAAGAUGGUGAACUUGACAUUUCUGGAUUCCUUCGAAGGGGCAGUUGUAGCAAUAACUAGGAAGUAUCAGAAGGUGUCAGGGCCUGGCUGGUUGAGAGUCUUUAUUUGAACCCACGCCAUCCCAUUUGCAGGGCAAAGAAUCUACCAUGAUACAUUUGCAAGGUACUUUUUUCUCUUAACCAAGGGGCACGUGCCUACUUUCUCCCUGCUUUGGUUUAUUUAUUUUUGUUUCCUUAGUGUUUAUCUCAGGUGCAGAGUUUCUAGAAAUGUGUAGAUAGCCCUUCCUUUUAAAAUAAAGCCAUUUGUUUAUGGAAAAUAAUCAUGUCCAUGCAGCUAGCACCUAUCAAUUAAAUCAGAAGUUAAUUGGAAUAAUUAAAAAUGUAAUUCUAAAAUGACCAGAACAGCUGUUUUUGACUGUGAAGGCUAGUUAUCCUACAUAGCACAUCUUUAUGUUGUAAUAGGCAUACAAUGUGAACAAAGUCUGAAUGAUUCCAUUGGUACAUAUCUUCUCUUCUUCUGACUGUUGUCUCUCUAUAGUUGGCUUUACUGUUCACAUCAACUGUGAGUUAUAAUUUAACAUUCUGCUAAGAGUUUUCUGUGGAUGUAUCAAGUAUAACCACAGGAUGUGGUACUGUACUCUGCCUACAUCAUUGUUGUCUUUAUGUAUGCUUCUCUUUGUUCUUUUAAAUUUACUUUUCUAUUUGAUUUUCCCUCUAUAUAUCAUCUAUUUCUCUUCUUUGACUUGAGGAGAUUGGAAACAUUCUGUGCCCUGUUGGCAUCAUGAUGAAAAUAUGAUGAAAUGGCUCUUGCUCUGGACUUCGUUUAUCAGAAAGCACUUUUCACUGGCUUCUAAAACAGAUUCUAUCGAGUAAGGUUUGAAUAAGAUGCUUUAUGCUAUCUUAUUUUUUCUUUGGUCUUACUAAGGGAUUUGCUUUUUUUGUAAUUCAUGAUGCACUUAAAUUUCUUAUACUUUCUUGGAAUCACAACUACAUUAAUAUAUUUAGCUGCUUUUGGUAAACUUCUUCUUACAGAUUCUUUAAACUAUGUUAUACUUGUUCUCAUGACACAUAUUGUGAACAAAGGAUACCCUAGAUGUUUUAUAAGGGGUAGUUAAAUGGAUUAUAAUCCAAUUGUAGCUCUUUAUGGAAUGGUCUUGGUAGGUAGGAAGUGUCCAAGUAUAGUUUUAUAGGCAAUCUAUGGCUAAUGAUACUGAGAAAUAGGUUAGUAUUCAAACACUGGGUGAAAUUUAGGUUCAAAUAUUGAACAUUGCUUGUUUGAUACUUUAGGGGGGGAGGAAAGGGAAAAAGAAUUCCCAGGAGAUUUAAAAAAAAAUUUAUUUCCAGAUGUAUUUCCUCUUGUUAGGUAUAAGUCAAAAUGUUGCUCUUUGAUUAUUUACUAAUAAGAAUGUGUCUAAGUCACUUCUAGAAUAUAUUCUCUUUUUUCAGAUAAAAUGAUAAGAAAUGUAUUCACUGCAUUACGUAUGUAACUGUAACCCCUCCGUACAUUACUUUGACAAUAAAAACAAGAUAAAUCUUAUCAGAUAUAAAAGUAAGCUCCAAGGGGAGAAGAUAUUAAAUAGUGCCUGAAUUUCGGGUAUUAUUUCAUGUAAAUCUCCAGGUCUUACGUGAAAUCUUCCAAGGCUCCUGGAUUGCCACUGCUGUGUUUGAAGUCACCAGUGGCUCCUGCAAGCCAAAAUCAAUGGUUUUUUCCUCUGAUUGUGUCAGAGAUGAGGAGGAUGCUGCCAGCCAUUGUCUUGAGUGCUUCUUGGUUUGGCUUCCAGGAUGCUGUAACCCUGCCUUAUUCUAGUCUGCUGUGGCUUUCUUCCUAAUAUCUGUACUUCUCUGAGGAUGUACCCAUUCCACAAUCUUCCCUUCACUUUGAGGCAAUACUUGGUCCUCAAGUGCAAUAUCGGUGUGGCCUACCACACCAUCCAUACCGGCAUACAAGUUUGUUUUUCCUCAUUAUCUUAGUAUUGGGAACCUUUAGAUCUGUUCCGAGUUUGCCAGCUUUGUCUGUAGAACAGUUUUCCAUCUGCAGCAUAAUACUGACGGAUUCCAGAACAUUCCCAAACCCACCUUUGUGCCUGUUCUUCCUUCCUUCUGAAAUGCUGUUUAUUCCAACCUUAACAACAAGGAUUCUCUCUCUUUCUCAGAAUAUUGACUUCUGUAUGAUUGCUUGCUCCUAGGGUUUCCCACUCAGAUUUUUAACAUGACCACGCUGUACCUGGAUGCACUUGGAGAGUAUGAUCAACCCAUGUAAAUUUUGUUCUCAUUACAAAGUCCUUAAGCACCUUGCAUUAAAUGGGCACAUGGCAGAACAUUGCAUUGCCCAGAAAGAGGACUGUCUGGUGUGAAAAUUGUAAAAUUGGCUUGUCAGGUUUCAGAGAGAAAAAGGAUUAUAUGGUGUUGUAUAAUUAAUAGAUGCCGCUUCAGGUUUGUAUAACACCACUAGUUAGAACUUAGCAUGUUGUAUUUUGCAGGAUGCUUUUAAAUCUUGCCUUUUAUUGAUGAGUGUCACUUAAAAGGAGGGACAGUGUCAGUGCAACUGAGGCACAAGUAGGUUCUCAUACAUCUGGAACCUAUAGAAAUGUGGACAUGCAGACUGCUGGGUUGUGUUCUACUGGCCCUGUAUUUAAGUCGGUACAGAUCGUUCAAAACUGUAAGAAGAUAAAGGAUGUCCCCUUAAGAUAUUAAGUAUAAUGGCUUUACGAUCAUGAAUCAGAAAUGCGCCAUUUUAACUAUCCAUGUGUUUAAGUGGUGUUUCAGCCCAAAUGUUGGGGCGUGGUGAAUGAGAACCAUGGGUUUCGGACUGCUUUCAGGAUAAAAGUUUCUUGUGAGUAGGUCCAACGCCUGGGAGCUAAUGUAACAGGUUGCGUUAGAACUUCAGGAGGUCAACAAGGGUACUUGUGAAAAUAGUUUGUAAGGAGUUGGAUAGAGUCACAGGUAAGGCUACUUAGGUAGGAUAGUGAGGAAAUAGUUGGACUUCCCUUUGCUUUUUAAGUCAUUCAUGUCUGCCUGAGAGGUGGUUGAUAAAGUAACAACUGAAUCAUAGCUGCACGACAGACAUAUUUUUCUUUCUAGAACAAGGAUGACUGAGACUUUGGAAUCUUAUUUUUACUAAUCACUUAUUAUUUUAUCUUUAAAGCCCAGAACAGUUUUGAAGUAUGUUUUAAGACCCCACCUUUGACCUCAAUGUAGUUUUAUUUCAACUAAAUAUGUUUCUUUUAAUUAAGAAAUAGGAAGUAUCUUUGACUAAACACAGGACUCUAUUAAGCCCAUACACAUUAAACAGCUCUGGAAGAUAGUUCAAUCUUGCCAUUACUGACCCUUCAUAUAUUCACAGGAAACAGGGAACGAAGCACGUAUCAAAGAGAGAUCUACUUACUGGCUUGCUUUGCUCCUAGGCCAGCUGAUUUUUGGGAGCAUUCGUAUCUAUGUACUUCUUUAAAAACAAAACAUUCCAAAGCUUCCUGGGAACCUUAGCUAAUUGCAUUUUUUUUAAACCAUCCUUCUCUGAUGUCACCUUGUAUCUCUCUGUAACUUUACAGAUCCUUUGAAGGAGAUAGUUGGCUUGUUAGAAGCGAUAUCUGCUUAUGUUCAGUACACUCUUGAAGUGACAGUAAAGAGUUCCACUAAAGAGAACAUUCUGGUUAAUAAGUAGGGACUUUCAAACUCCCUGUACUUUUCCACAACUGAAUGGGUGCAUACUUUUGGUUGAAAGUGAGUAGGCCAAAUUCAGCUCUGCUCUUCUAGUAGCCUUGGCUUAAAAAUCUUAUUGCCACUUCAGAAAUUCUGCCAUGAGUCUCAGCUCUCAUUUCUGCUAAGUGCAUGAAUAGAAGAAGGAAAUGUAUGUUUUGGCUCCAUUAAAAUGUUCCUUAUCAGACUGUAUGUAGGAGUGAGUGGUGCCUAAGAUGCCUCUAUUUGCCAGCUGGACAGCAUGUGUGCUAGGCUAGUUUCCUGUCUGCUAAAGCUGUGUGGUGCCCUUUAAUGAUGGGAAAGAGGACAUUAUUAAAUGUGUUGGGCUUCAUUUUCACUUGCGAAAAUCAGGGAGCAGAGGGCAUGCAAACUUUGCCCAAAGGCUGGACACAGUUUGCAUAGAAAUGAGCUAAGAGUGCUAAGAACUGGUUUGGUAGAUGCCUAGCUAGCUCUGAUCGCUUAAAUAAAACGGUGAGCUGACAACACGCCCUAGGCACGCUAGGUUCUCAGAGAGAGGUUGCUGCUUGAGAGAGUCCUCCAGGAGAUGUCACCUUAUGGGCUGAACGUGCCUCACCUUUGUGAACACUGCCACGUACAGGGGGCACACACUGUCUCCUGUGCUGAGUGUGUUGUGUCCACCUGAGACCGAAGGGACUAUCAUCUUCACUUACAGAAAGGAAGAGAUGUCUCAGAGAACUUUCAUGAAUGCUUCAGAAAACAGCAGGUAGCAAGCAACAGAAAACAGGUUUUUGAACCCAGAUCAUCUGGCCGGAUGCUCUAUGUACAGAUGAGCUCUCAAAAUGUCUUCUGUGUCCUCCCAGCGUCUUCUAAGAUAAUUGCAUUAGCUUCCUGCUAGUUGACUAAUAGAAUUAAUAAUUGUACAAAGCACUCUAAAGCCACAUGCCUUAUGAAGUCAAUGCUGGGUAUGAUUUUACAAAUAUGGUCCGGAAAAAGAACCCCCCUCUGAGAAACGUUGCUAGUGAAGGCGAGGGCCAGACCCUGGAGCCAAUAGGUACAGAAAGCAAGGUAUCUGGAAAGAACAAAGAAUUUUCUGCAGAUCAGAUGUCAGAAAAUACGGAUCAGUGUGAUUCUGCAGAACUAAAUAAUAAGGAGGAGCACAUCUUGCAUGGCCAAGAUCAGUCUUCAACUAGUAAGAAGGACUUGCAAAGCUCAGUCCUGAGUGAGAAGGCUGGCUUCAAUUAUGAGAGCCCCAGUAAGGGAGGAAACCUUCCCUCCUUCACACAUGAUGAGGUGACAGACAGAAAUAUGCUGGCUUUCUCAUCUCCAGCUGCUGGGGGAGUCUGCGAGCCCUUGAAGUCUCCUCAAAGAGCAGAGGCAGAUGACCCUCAAGAUAUGGCCUGUACCCCAUCAGGGGACUCAUUGGAGACAAAGGAAGAUCAUAAGAUGUCACCAAAGGCUACAGAGGAAACAGGGCAAGUGCAGAGUGGUCAAGCCAAUUGUCAAGGUUUAAGCCCAGUUUCAGUGGCCUCAAAAAACCCACAAGUGCCUUCAGAUGGGGGUGUAAGACUGAAUAAAUCCAAAACUGAUUUACUGGUGAAUGACAACCCAGACCCGGCACCUCUGUCUCCAGAGCUUCAGGACUUUAAAUGCAAUAUCUGUGGCUACGGUUACUAUGGCAACGACCCCACAGAUCUGAUUAAGCACUUCCGCAAGUAUCACUUAGGACUGCAUAAUCGCACCAGGCAGGAUGCUGAGCUGGACAGCAAAAUCCUGGCCCUUCAUAACAUGGUGCAGUUCAGCCAUUCCAAAGACUUCCAGAAGGUCAACCGCUCUGUGCUUUCUGGUGUACUGCAGGACAUCAAUUCUUCAAGGCCUGUUUUGCUAAAUGGGACCUAUGAUGUACAGGUCACUUCCGGUGGAACAUUCAUUGGCAUUGGACGGAAAACCCCAGAUUGCCAAGGAAACACCAAGUAUUUCCGCUGUAAAUUCUGCAAUUUCACUUAUAUGGGCAACUCUUCAACUGAACUCGAACAACAUUUUCUACAGACUCACCCAAACAAAAUCAAAGCUUCUCUCCCCUCCUCUGAGGGUGCGAAACCUUCAGAGAAAAACUCUAGCAAGUCCAUCCCUGCGCUUCGAGCCAGCGAGCCCGGAGACCUGGGGAAAUGGCAGGAUAAGAUAACAGUGAAGGCGGGAGAUGACACUCCUGUCGGCUAUUCAGUGCCCAUCAAGCCCCUUGAUUCCUCGAGACAAAAUGGUACAGAGGCCACCAGUUACUAUUGGUGUAAAUUUUGUAGCUUCAGCUGUGAGUCAUCUAGCUCCCUUAAGCUGCUAGAACAUUAUGGAAAGCAGCAUGGAUCAGGGCAGUCAGGUGGCCUUAACCCAGAAUUGAAUGAUAAACUUCCCAGGGGUUCUGUCAUUAAUCAGAAUGAUCUAGCCAAAAGUGCAGAAGGAGAGCCAAUGACCAAGACAGAAAAGGGCUCGAGUGGGGCUAAAAAGAAAGACUUCUCCAGCAAGGGAGCAGAGGAUAAUAUGGUAACAAGCUAUAAUUGUCAGUUCUGCGACUUUAGAUAUUCUAAAAGCCAUGGCCCUGAUGUCAUUGUAGUAGGGCCACUUCUCCGUCACUACCAACAGCUCCAUAACAUCCAUAAGUGUACCAUUAAACAUUGUCCAUUCUGUCCCAGAGGCCUUUGCAGCCCAGAAAAGCACCUUGGAGAAAUUACUUAUCCAUUUGCUUGUAGAAAAAGUAAUUGUUCCCACUGUGCACUCUUGCUUUUGCACUUGUCUCCGGGGGCGGCUGGAAGCUCCAGAGUCAAACACCAGUGCCACCAGUGUUCAUUCUCUACCCCUGAUGUAGAUGUGCUCCUCUUCCACUACGAGACUGUGCAUGAGUCCCAAGUGUCCGAUGUCAAACAAGAAGCAAACCAUCUUCAAGGAUCAGAAGGGCAUCCGUCUGUCAAGGAGAGCAAAGAGCACUCCUGUACCAAAUGUGAUUUUAUUACCCAGGUGGAGGAAGAGAUUUCCCGACACUACAGGAGAGCACACAGCUGCUACAAAUGCCGCCAGUGCAGUUUCACAGCUGCUGACACACAGUCACUAUUGGAGCACUUCAACACCAUCCACUGCCAGGAACAGGACAUCACUACAGCCAAUGGUGAAGAGGAGAGCCAUGCCAUCUCCACCAUCAAGGAGGAGCCCAAAAUGGACCUCAAGGUCUACAGUCUGCUAAACCCAGACUCUAAAAUGGGAGAGCCCGUGUCUGAGAGUGUGGUGAAGAGGGAGAAGCUGGAUGAUAAGGAAGGACUCAAAGACAAAGUUUGGACUGAGAGUUCCAGUGAUGACCUGCGCAGUGUGGCUUGGCGGGGCGCUGACAUCCUCCGGGGCAGCCCAUCCUACGCUCAAGCAAGCCUGGGGCUCCUCACGCCUGUGUCUGGCACUCAAGAGCAGACAAAGACUCUGAGGGAUAGCCCCAAUGUUGAAGCUGCCCACCUGGCCAGACCUAUUUACGGCUUGGCUGUGGAGACCAAGGGAUUCCUUCAAGGUGUGCCAGCUGGGGAGAAGUCUGGGUCUCUCACCUCGCAGUUUCCCGCCUCAGGAGAAAACAAGUCCAAGGAUGAAUCUCAGUCCCUGUUACGGGAUUUGACAAUCACCCGGACAGCAAACAGAAGGAGGCGAAGAGGCUCGGGUGUUUUUUGUGCCAAUUGCCUGACCACAAAGACCUCUCUCUGGCGAAAGAAUGCAAAUGGUGGAUAUGUGUGCAACGCGUGUGGCCUCUACCAGAAGCUUCAUUCGACUCCCAGGCCUUUAAACAUCAUUAAACAAAACAAUGGUGAGCAGAUUAUUAGGAGAAGAACAAGAAAGCGCCUUAACCCAGAGGCACUUCAGGCUGAGCAGCUCAACAAACAGCAGAGGGGUAGCAAUGAGGAGCAGGUCAAUGGAAGCCCCUUAGAGAGGAGGUCAGAAGAUCACUUGACCGAAACUCAUCAGAGAGAAAUUCCACUUCCAAGCCUAAGUAAAUAUGAAGCCCAGGGUUCAUUGACUAAAAGCCAUUCUUCUCAGCAGCCAGUCUUGGUCAGCCAAACUCUGGAUAUUCACAAAAGGAUGCAACCUUUGCACAUUCAGAUCAAAAGUCCUCAGGAAAGUACUGGAGAUCCAGGAAAUACUUCAUCCAUAUCUGAAGGGAAAGGGAGCUCUGAGAGAGGUAGCCCCAUUGAAAAGUACAUGAGACCUGCAAAACACUCCAACUAUUCACCACCAGGCAGUCCCAUUGAAAAGUACCAGUACCCACUUUUUGGACUUCCCUUUGUACAUAAUGACUUCCAGAGUGAAGCUGAUUGGCUGCGGUUCUGGAGUAAAUAUAAGCUCUCCGUUCCUGGGAAUCCGCACUACUUGAGUCAUGUGCCUGGCCUACCAAAUCCUUGCCAAAACUAUGUGCCUUAUCCCACCUUCAAUCUGCCUCCUCAUUUUUCAGCUGUUGGAUCAGACAAUGACAUUCCUCUAGAUUUGGCGAUCAAGCAUUCCAGACCUGGGCCAACUUCCAAUGGUGCCUCCAAGGAGAAAACCAAGGCACCCCCUAAUGUCAAAAGCGAAGGGCCCUUGAAUGUAGUAAAAACAGAAAAAGUUGACAGAAGUACUCAAGAUGAACUUUCGACAAAAUGUGUGCACUGUGGCAUUGUCUUUCUGGAUGAAGUGAUGUAUGCUUUGCAUAUGAGUUGCCAUGGCGACAGUGGACCUUUCCAGUGCAGCAUAUGUCAGCAUCUUUGCACGGACAAAUAUGACUUCACAACGCAUAUCCAGAGGGGUCUGCAUAGGAACAAUGCACAAGUGGAAAAAAAUGGAAAACCUAAAGAGUAAAAAACCUUAGCACUUAGCACAAUUAAAUAGAAAUAGGUUUUCUUGAUGGGAAUUCAAUAGCUUGUAAUGUCUUAUGAAAACCUAUUAAAAAAAGAUACUUUAUAGAGCCUGCCUUAUCCAACAUGAAAUUCCCUUCUUUUAUUAUUCUUUCUUUUAAUGAGUAGGUUACCAAGAUUUUAAAAGUGAGACAAAUGGUCAGUGAGAAAGAAUGGAUGAUGGUGAUCAAUCUUUUUUGUUUUGUUUUGUUUUGUUUUUUUUAACCUAGCAAGUGGACACCAUCUUGGUUUAUGGGAAUUUCCUUGGUCCAAGGGAAUUCAUCCCAACACAAUCCUAUCAGACUAUAAUUACUGUGUUUAUAAAGGGAUUAAAUUUGAAAAGGGUUUACAUAUUAUUAAACUAAAGCAGUACUAGGCUGGCCAUUUGCCCAUUUGUUAAAAAAAAUCCAUAAAUUCUUGCUUAAAUUUAGAUCUAUCUUGAAAUCCUAGGUAGAUAAGAAAAAUAAUUGAAUCUCCAGGGCAAUAGAAGGAAAAUGGCACCCUCUCGAAUUCAGUCUCCUCUCAUUGACCAUGUUUCAGAUUUGGACCUUGAAAUGCAAAGUGUCAUUAGGCUUAGUGAGAGAGCAGCAAGAAAGGUGACAGAUGGUGGCACAAUGUUUUUUGGCAAGCCCUGCCUGUACAUACACAUGCACACCCUCUUUGGUAUUUUUGUCUUGUAGAUGUUCAGAUACGCAGUAGUCCUUGCAUUUGCAAUUUAGGUUCAUUUUGUCCAAAUAUAUAUAUAUAUAUUCAUUUUUAAUGUCCCUACUGCUUUUGUAGUAAUUUCAUUUUAUUCAGAUAUUUCUUUGUUGUUUAUGAUGAACCAGUUUGGAUUUUUUUUUGACUUUCGUAUGCCUCCUGUUUGUCACUAAUUCUCAUUUGGCACACUAUAACUAAAGGAAUCCCCUCAGUUCAAAAGAAUGGAUGGAUACAUAUGUCAAACCAUGGUUUUCAUUUGUUUAUAACACAUGGUAUUUCUCCACAAGGUAACCUGCUGUAUUUAUUUAUUUUCUUUUGGUGAAAUAUAAUUUCCAAACUUUGUGGUCAGGCAGCGUUUAAGGUUACAUUACCACAGGCUGACAGUUGGUAUAUGUACCAAUCAAUCCCUUCAUUAGAUAUACAGGUUUAGUUAAGUAGCAUUAAAUAGGAUUCUUAGAAGUAUGUCUUCAUAGUACUUUUAAUACUUUAGGCUUUGUAAAAACAAAAAGAAUCUAUCCACGAAGGGAAAAGCUCCUCAGCAUAACUGCUCAGGGAAAUAGGGCUAAAUAACUGAACAUUAAAUAAUUGGUUAAAGGUGCUGUUAGUCGAGCCUCAAUGCUUGCUACAAGGAUGUAUGUACAAGGACUGACUUUAAUAAUUUGCAUUAUAUUGUCCCAACCAGUAGUUUAUUUUUUGCCACGGAAAUGUAGAAGAUAUUACAAGCUACUGGAUGCACUGUCAGAUUAACUUAUUUCAUUAAGGAAGUUGGGAGAACAAAUAGGAAAAAAAACUUAUUUUUCUAGUAAAUAUUAAUGUAUUACAUUUCAAAUAAUGGUGCCUGACAUAUUGAAUAAUUAUUUUCUACAGUGUACGUAUGCAACAAAGAUAUUCCAUCAUGCAUUAGAGUCAGUUCUGGCUCUGCCUAGCUGUUUACAUUUGCAAAUGUAGCAAACAAGGUAAUGAAGCAACUAUUUCUAUUGCAGUAGAUAUCUUUUGUGUGUGUGUGUGUGUGUGUGUGUGCGUGUGUGUGUGUAUUAAAGGUGUAAACGGUAACAUGAAACAAAUGAAAAGUUCUUGAUAUAAUGGUGUGGAAAAUAAGAAGGAAAUGAAAAUAUUUUUAUGCCUACUUAGGAAAAAAAAAGGGUAGCACUAUUCAUUCCAAGUACUUCUUUUUUUUUUAACUUUUAAGCUCUUAACUCACAAUGUUAUGCUGAAGAUGAUAAACAUAUAUCCUCUUUUUAUUUCUUUGUUUCGGAUGAAACAUUUCAGAAAUUAUUUUGAUAAGUGUUGCCAGAAUCUGCAACACUGAUUUUUUUUUAAUUUGUAAUUUGCAUUCUUUAGUCGCAUUUGCACUCCAUUUUUACAUUAAUUCGCAGUUGCUUUUGUAUUGUUUUGUUGUGUUUGGGUUUUGUUUCUUUCUCACAGUGCCGGGUCUCUUUUCUUGAAGUUGGAUGGCAGGUAGAGUUCAACAAGUUUGUGACUGUUGUAGUGAAUGAAGUUAAAAAAAAUACCUUUCUCAUGUUGUGUUGUCAUUUCCAUUCUUCCUUUUUUCUUGUGUUAAAAAAAAAGUGAAAAAAAAAAGAGUGAGAGAAAGAAAUCAGGACUAAGUCCUUUGCUUCAGUUUCAUUGUUAAAGGGCCCUAUUUGACCUCACCUGGCUGUGGUGUAGCUCUAAUAUUCACAUAAACUGAAAUAAAGAGGUGGAAUGAGGAGCAUUGAUAUUCAAAUGAUUUUGACAUCACUUAUAGCUUUCUUAAGAAUUUUGAUGAAUGCAUCACCAAAUGUACACACAGAUCUGAGGGGUGACUAUGAUCUGAAAAGGAGACAAGAUUUCCCAAACAACAAUAUUUAAUUCUUGUGUUUAAAAAAAAUGGAUUAAAAUGCAUUGCCGCAAUCCUCAAGCCCCAUUACAUGUGGACUGCUCAAAUCAGCAAAUACCAGAGGCCUGGUUAACUUGGACAAUAUUGCAGGUAUUACACUUGGACAAAAUUACUCUUUAAACAGUUUUCUGCUGUGUCAGACACAGAUACAUUGCUCAUUGUUGACAUAUAUACCUUUGUGUUUCAUUCAUUUUUUUUUAAUUUCUCAGACAGACAUAGUAGUAAUGACUAGCAUCAGAAAAUACAUAUCAUGGUUCUUGGAAUAUUUAUGGUCAGUCUACUUUUUAGUAGAAUAUUCUUGGAUAGCAUUGACAUGAUAGAUCUUAUUCCAUACUCUUUUAUUAUUAAUUAUUUUAUUUUCAUUUUUGCUUUCAUUAUUAUGCAUAUUCUGGUGGAGAAGAGGUUGGGCUUUUUUAAGUUGAAAAUUUAUCAUAACACUAAAUGUUUCAUAUUUUCGAUGAUGUAAAGCCUUUUGUUCCAUUUCUCAAAAGAGGUUACAAUUUUUUUAAGAAUUUUGGAUUCUCUUGUCUUUAAUUGUGAAUAAUUUUAAAUCAGCAAUUUAGGUACUUUUAUUUAAAAGAAUUUUCAAGAUGAUUUAGGAAUUUCUGUUCUGGAAAAGGUUUUCCCUGUGAGAAAAACUAUAUGUCAACUAAAAUCAUACACUAUUUAAUACCUGUAUGUCUCUUAAAAUUACUUUUCUGUGUUCUCCAUUGAGUUUUGAAUUGAACUUAAGGCAUAUUCACUGUUCCUUUGCUCACUUUUACUCUCCUCAUCACUCAGACCUAUCUACGUACUGUUGUUUGGGAUAUAAAACUAUAAAGAAGCAGCCCACCUCAGAAGAUUGUGGAUUGAGAGACACUACAGAACUCUAAAUACAAGAGAAAGGGAUGGGAAUAUCAGAGUUAACAAGUUCUCUCUAGAGUUCAGGAGGCAGAAUGUGCCCAGUUCUUUCUACAUGACAUAUUGAGAUGUUCUUUAUCAAAAAGAAAAAAAAAAUCCACUUCUAAGAUAGUUAAACUGUUCUUUUAGUAAGGUAGAUUUUAGAAAGCAAGCAUGGGGAUACUUUUUCUAAGGUAAUAUUAAGGAGAAGGAAAACGUGAUUAAAGAGCUCUUCCUUGAGGCCUGUGGGUAGCACAUUAUGUUUAUGAUUGCACAUGUGCACAUAAUUCUUAUGAUCCAAUGCAAAUACAGCCCCACCCCCAAAUGUUAAAUGUAUAUAUAUUUUAAAUGCCUGAGGAAAUACAAUUUUUCUUAAUAAAUUGAAGAUGAUCAAUACUGCUAUUAAAAUAAUUAUUAGUCUCUUGCUAUGUGGCUGCAAAAUACCACAAAGUGACCUGUCUUUUAGAUCUGUGUACUGUCUGCCUGUUUCAUAAAUGGACCUCAGCGUGUUUCUAGAGAGGAGUUAUAGCUGCCAUCCAGCAACGGAAUCACGGAAUAAAGCUGGUGGUCACCCUGCCUCUGUGCUUUGGUAUCAAGUAUAGAUUAAUUCACAGUUACUUGUGUCCUAUUAAGGGCCAAAUCUCCAGGCAUCUUUGGUGAGUUUAGAUUAAAACUUGCUGACUGCCAGACAAGGGAAAAAACAGGAAUUGAAAUACUCCCUGCAUAUGAAGCUGAGUAUCCAAACCACCUGUGUAGGCACAAUUAGAUGGGAUUCUAUCAGCAGGCAACUGACUAAGGAAGACAGAAAGAUACCCCUCAGGAGUUUGACAGACAGUGUUAUUUACCAAAGAAAAUCUUCACCAAGGGCAAAGGAGUGGCAUCUUGGUACAGCAUUUCCUUUGACUUGUUCAUUGCUAAUUUGUAGAUCCUGGUAGCAGAGCUGUUGUUUAGAAAGCACACACCCCAGUGAUUAGAACUUCUGAAAGAUAGUAAGGCAGAACUGUGUCAAGUCAGAGAUAAAGACAUUGAGAAAUUCAAUAGUAAUCCUCACAGAAAUGGUGCGUAGUACAUGAUCAUGGUGUUAUCUUAAAAAGAAAGGUAGGCUCAGAGAAAAAGCAAGCAUGACUUCAUCAUGAAAAUAGCAUUUAACCUGCAUCAGAAAAAAAUGGUCUUCACAAUCCAUAAUGCCCACCGUGGAUCCUGUGUUUACCCCUGGUUACUACUUUUGCAAUACCUGAAUUGCAACAAAUCACUUUUCUUUUUGUUCCUCAGGUUCCUCAGCUGUAAAGUGGAAAAAUAUAUUAAUAUGAAUAAUAAUAAUAUUAAUAAAUAAUAAUAAGGGUAAUGUAGUACUUUUUUGUAAAGCACUUUGCAAUCCUUGGUUGAAAGGCACCAUAAGAGUGCCAAGUAUUAUGUGGCCAAGGGGUUUGUUUUAAACUCAGUUCCCAAGGGCCAGGAAAGGUCACGGUCAUUUUUGUUACAGAUGAGCUGUACAUAUUAUAUCUAGACAGCUUAUAGUGUUGACUAUGAAGGGGCAAAACUAUUACAAGGCUAAUAAAACCAUAGUUUCUUAAUGGCUACCAACAAGGCAAAUAUCUCAAUAACAAAUGCCAAAUAUGUUACUUAUUGACCACCUGGAUAAUCAGGAGGGAUGUGGGGGGUAGGAGGGGAUCGGAAACAUCUCAAAAUGCCAUUGUAAAAUUAACUUUCAGGAAUAUUCACCAGCAGUGAAAAAAAAAUGUCUUUCAUAUGGAAUGAUUUCAUGUUGCUAAGAAUUCAAUUUGUAGUCCUGAUUUGAAUAUUAGAAAUGUUGGCUAUAAUAGUUCUGUUCUUAAAACACAUGGACAUUUUUCGUUUUAUUUUAUUUUGUUUUCAUAGUUGCAUGUUCAUUUCUACUCACAAACAUGUUCUUGGUGUAUUUCUUAUGCAAACAAUCUUCAGGCAGCAAAGAUGUCUGUUACAUCUAAACUUGAAUAAUAAAGUUUUACCACCAGUUA